CACGUUAUUACAGUUUUCUGUAACCAUGCUCCACGUUUUGUUGAUUUGACACCUGUCAAUUGUCAAGUCGUGCAAAAAAUCACCCAAAAUUAACAAAAACUGCAACUAUGGUCACCGAAGAGCCCACCGAAAGCCCCCUCGUCGACGAGACUAAACCCAAACCAAAACCGGAGCCCCUAAAACCCUUCACUCUUGAAAUCCUCAAAGUGAUUAAAAACGCCCAACAACAGCACGGCCUCCGCCACGGCGACUUCCAGCGCUACCGUGGCUACUGCUCCCGCCGCAUCCGGCGCCUCCGCAAAGUCCUCAAGCUGCCGCAAGGCGACCGCCGCCACUUCAAAAAACGCGACGUUACAGACUCUCACAUUACCGACAAAAAAGCCGACGAGCGCUAUCUCGAAAUCCCCCUAAUGCUCUCCGAGCGCUGCUGGGCCUAUGCCAUGCAACUACGCCAAGAAGCCAACACCGAACCCCGCAAAAAAUUCCACCUAAUCCAGAAACUACGCAAGGCUUGCGUCUACGCCCUCCAGCUGGAGGAGUUGUGCCAGCAGGAGCGCUGCGAUGCCAGGACCAAGCUCGAGUCGCAAGCCUACGUGGCCUGGAUCCAGGGGAGUCUCCAGUUCGAGCUCCAGAUCUGGCUCAAAGCCACCGAAAAUCUCAAAAAAGCGCAAAUGAUUUACGAAAAGUUGGGGUCCGCUUUGGCGGAGAACGAACAAGCGCCGUACAAGCAGCGAGUUGUUGAAAUUACACCCAGUUUGCGCUACUGCGCCUAUAAUAUAGGGGACGAGAAAGCUGUUGAUUUGCUAGAACUGAGGAGUCAAGGCGUUUUGGAUAAUUUCGACGCUUUGGUGUCGCAAUCUAAGCAAAAAACCGAGGCGGUUCUACACGAAGUGCAAUGGUUCGGGAUUAAAAUCCCGGUGAGGAUUGAACGCGUCCGCUUGUUUCUCUUGAGUAUUGAAGGCUUGGACGAGUCUUUAAUCCACGCAGAAAACAACCAAGCGAAAAUUAAAAUUCUCGAGAAUUUGUUUAUCGACUUGCGGGAUAUUAUUUCACUAGCGCGCGAUGUUGUCAGAACUGAGAAACAAGACCAACUGUUACUGUCUUAUUUAUUAUCGAUUCGGGUCGAGAGAACGUCUCAGAGACACUUGUUACUGAUGCAACAAACGCGCAAAUCGCAAGAUUGCGUCCGUUUACUUGACAUAAUAAUCCAACAAACGGGCGAAUUGUCGCAGAACGAGUCAAUCAAAGACGUGAAACUGGCCCAGGAUUAUUACAACCAGCAGUUGCAAGCGUUCAAGGCUUUGCGCGUCUAUUUCCUGGCGAAAACACAAGCGGCCCAAAAACGCUUCAAGGAAGCGGCCGUUUUGUACGAUUCCGCCUCCAAAGCCCUCGCUAAACUCCCAAUAAAAAAUAAAUUUCUCAAAGAACUGGACGAUUUAGUGAAGAGUGUGCGAGACACUGUCGAUGUUGAUAAAAUCACAGCGCAGGCCAACUGUGUGUUGGACCAGCAAGAGGAUCAAAUUCAAGUGCCCCAAAAGGUGUACAAGAGUAAGAAACCGUUGAUUGAGCGCUUGGACGAGUUUAGAGAAGAGCCGCAAUUGUUGAGCAAAAACCCGAAUAUUGUGAGUCUGCCUCCGGCCAUGGAACCGAUUCCUGCCAAGCCGUUGUUUUAUGAUUUGGCAUUGAAUUUCGUCGAGUUACCCGAUUUGACGGAGAAAUUGGAAGGCGGGCAGAAGAAGGAAAAGGGGGCGGGGAUUUCCGGGUUCGUCAAGGGGCUGUGGGGGUGGGGAAAGAAGUAAGGAGUUCGCACUUAGCGAUCGUAAUAUGUCGCCAUCUGUUGGUUUAUUUUUUGUUACUAUAGCGGGGGUUUUGGUUUCGCGCCCUUGUAGCUUUUUUAUUUAAAAAAAAAUUAUAACAAAUCACAUAUUUACUUAAAGGAAUCGACAGUCUGUUGGAUAAAAUUAUUAAUUUCCCUGUGCGAUGACAUAUUAUGUAAUAAUGGUAACUGUCAACUUUUUUAAAAUGGCGUCUUGUGUAUUUUUUGCAAAAGAAAGAAACUUGCUUCAGAGACCAAGGAAACCGUGGUAUUAAGGGAUUAGGUUAUUUUUUAUCAUUCGGAAAUAAAGUGUAAUGCAGAAAA